CUCAGGAAGAGGCUAAGAUGGAAAGGGAGAGCCGGUGAAAGCGGAAAAAAACAGAAGCUGGCAGUGUAGAGCUACAAUGUCUGCCAGGAGGUUACGCAGUGAAGACUACAAUGACUACAGUUCAACAGAAGGUUCUCCUGAUAGCAGCCCCCCAGAGGGUUUAAGCAGCUUUUCUUCCCCAUCAUCCUACCAGCGGUUUGGAGAGACAGAUGGGACAACAUGGUUUCAAACAUUAAUACACCUCUUGAAAGGGAACAUCGGUACAGGCUUGUUGGGCCUCCCCUUAGCAGUGAAAAAUGCUGGCAUUGUGAUGGGCCCCAUCAGUUUGUUUGUGAUAGGAAUAAUCGCUGUGCACUGUAUGCAUAUCCUGGUGAAAUGUGCCCAUCAUUUCUGCAACAAACACCAAAAACCAUUUGUGGAUUAUGGGGAUACUGUGAUGCAUGGGCUGGAAGCCAGCCCCAGCGCCUGGCUCAGGACACAUUCCAUCUGGGGAAGGCACAUAGUGGGUUUUUUCUUGAUUCUCACUCAGCUGGGAUUCUGUUGUGUGUAUUUUGUAUUCUUAGCUGACAAUCUGAAACAGGUGGUAUCUGCUGCCAAUGCUACAACCAGCAACUGCAACGGCAAUGAAACUAUGGUGUUGGAACCCACCAUGGACUCCCGGUUAUACAUUCUAUCCUUGUUGCCAUUUGUGGUAUUGCUAGUCUUCAUCCAGAACCUCAAGUUCCUUUCCAUUUUCUCUAUGCUGGCCAAUCUUGCCAUGAUCUGCAGUCUGAUAAUGAUAUACCAGUAUAUUGUCAGGGGCAUUCCAGACCCUAGUUCCCUGACUCUUGUGGCCCAGUGGAAGACAUAUCCUCUGUUUUUUGGCACUGCUGUCUUUGCUUUUGAAGGCAUUGGAGUGAUACUCCCUCUAGAAAACAAGAUGAAGAACCCUCAGCAGUUUCCCACCAUCCUCUAUGUGGGAAUGGGACUUGUCACUACCCUCUACAUCACCCUGGGAGCACUAGGAUACUUGCGUUUUGGAGGGGACAUCAAGCCCAGCAUAACACUCAAUCUGCCUAAUUGUUGGUUGUAUCAGUCUGUCAAGCUGCUCUAUUCCUUUGGGAUCUUCUUCACUUAUGCAUUGCAGUUUUACGUCCCUGCAGAAAUAAUCAUUCCAGUGGCUGUGUCACAGGUCCCUGAACGCUGGGCAUUGUGGACCAACCUGUUCCUGAGAACGUGUCUGGUUUGUGCAACAUGUUUGCUAGCAAUUCUGAUUCCUCGGCUCGACAUUGUCAUCUCUCUGGUGGGUUCAGUGAGCAGCAGUGCACUAGCCCUGAUAAUUCCACCUCUUCUGGAUAUUUCCACAUACUACUCUGAAGGCAUGCAUCCGGCUACAUUAGCCAAAGAUGUGGUGAUCAGUCUCUUGGGUUUUAUUGGAUUUGUGGUGGGGACCUAUGAGGCUCUUUUGGAACUCAUCGUGCCAACAGUUUCUAAUACCACAAGUGCCUGACAGUAACACUUUAACUUGCACACAGCUCUCAGUUCUGCAUUGCCAUUGAUUUUUUUUACUCCCAGCCAUCUGGUCAGGUUCUUGAUUCUUCUAGCAGCUACAGUUAUUUUGGUCCUAUCCUGCUUUCUGAGUAGCUGUGUUCUGCAGCUGUAAGGAUUGGAGACAAUGGGAAAAGAUAGCACGGAACUUUUAUUUCUCUGGCUUGAUAAGGCCUGAGAGCCCUAGGGAUUAGCCUUUGGCUGGAAUGGAAAUACCUCUUUCGGUUUAUCUGUGAACCUACUCCCAUUAGAAACGGAAUACUCUGUAAGGAUUUGAGUUUUAGUUAUACACUAUAUUUUUCUGGAUUUAGAGCAAUGAAUGUGUGGGAACUAAGAAUCUCAGUACUUUGAAGUCACCUUUAAACAUCAUAUUACCAGUCCUUGAGAGGAGAAAAUCCACCACAGACAGACACACACACAUUCUCUCUUUGAUUCUGUUCCAAAACACUUCCUCUUGAUAACUUAGAGAUUGCAUCAAGCUCUUACCUAAGUUCUAGUGUAAUCUUAGUUCUAGUGUAAUCUGUGAUAGUAAAUGGUGUGACCUGAAAAUGGGAGUGAGAACGAAGGAAAAUAGUGGCCAGUGCUGAGAAAAAGUAAGCUGGCAGCAGCACUUAAUAAAGUUGGGCUUCAUUUCUUAGGCGCUUAUAGUAUUUGUGAGGAAGGAAGAGGCAGGGAAAGAUCAUUAGCAAACAUUUAUAUGGAUACCAUAUGUUUAAGUAUACAUUACUGUCUUGUCCAUUGCUUGCAGCCAGGCCCCUUUCUUUAUUUGCGUGUAUGUGUGUGUGGAAAUACUUGUGGAGUCAUGGACAGGCUUGGGCAACAUAUAGUUAUAUGACCCAUAAUAGUAAGGCAAUAUCAGUCAGAUUAUGGGCAGAAGAUUGUGAUGAGAGGGAGUAAAUCUAAUAUUCUUUAUUUAGGUGAGACUUCCUGGUGCUAAUGUCAUCAAGUAAGGAGAAAGAUGCAUGUUAAACUUGGGGAUGCAGUAUGGAAAGGACUUUUUAAAAAGAAGUAACUUGGUAGUUUGUUGUGUAUUCACAGUGAGUGAGUGAGUUUUACAAUAGAAAUUCUCAUGCUCACUUACUAAAAACAGGUUCUGAACAAAUGGGAAGCAAUGACCAUGCAAAAUCUAAAAACCAAAUUUUUUGAUGCUGUACUAGUCAUAAUUCAAUAAGAACCUAACUUGAGUGACAUGAGGGCCAUUUACUUAGAUGAGGAUGCACAUGUCUCUCUUGGCUUACUUAAUGCUGAGAACAUGUGAUCAUGACUUUUCAAUGUGGUAAAAUAUACAUGUGCCAUCUUCAUGUGAAAACAUGUAUUGAAGCAAACCAAUCCAGUAAACUCUAAAGGGGUUAAAUUGUGUCAAUACAUGUUCAGUUUUAAUAUUUAUAUCUCCCCCUUUUUCCUCAAUCAUGGAACCAUAAGCGAAUUGCAUCAUCUUUCUCCCCUCCUUUAUGUUAUCCUUACAACCACCACUCUGUGAGGUAGGCUUAGCUUAGAGCAACAGGUCCAAGGUCACACACAGCAAGUUUCCAUGGCAGAGUGGGAUUCAAACCCAGAAAAUUGUCCAGCAUCGUAUCCAUUACACCACACUAAAAAUAUGAAUAUUCCUAAGUGUUUUGGUUGGGUGGAAACUGGCCUUUUUAGUAGAAAAUAUUGAGUAGAAUGUUACACAUUCUCACUAUUUUGCUGUUAUAAGUCAUAAGAAAUGGUUCUUCUUUACAACCCUGGACAAAAAAAAAUUAAAGUGCCAGUUUGCUUUGACAGGGCCCACAUAAUGUUGUCUAGGCCAUGUGCUAAAUACAUAACUGUAAAGUGAAAAAAUUGUGUGCUAACAUGUGAAGCUUCCGAGUCCAACCAGAUUGUUAGGUCAUUUUUAAACUUAAUUUUGGUUAUAAAAUAUAUUUCAUUGUGUGAGGUAUGACAUCCAUUUAUUAUUGAAUAUAUCACUUUCCUACAGUCCUAGAGUCCUGUGGCACAGAGUGGUAAGCUGCAGUACUGCAGUCGAAGCUCUGUUCACGAUCCGAGUUCGAUCCUGGCAGAAGCUGGGUUCAGGUAGCUGGCUCAAGGUUCAUUCAGCCUUCCAUCCUUCUGAGGUCGGUAAAAUGAGUACCCAGUUUCCUGGGGGUAAACUGUAGAUGACUGGGGAAGGAAAUGGCAAACCACCCCGUAACAAAGUCUGCCAAGAAAAUGUCAUGAUGCGAUGUCCCCACAUGAGUCAGUAAUGACUUGGUACUUGCACAGGGGACUACCUUUACCUUUUUAUAUCACUUUCUAGCUUCUAAAGUUUUAAUAUGCAUAUAGGCUGAACUGAGAAAUUUAAUACUUCUGUUCAAUUAGCCAAAAGCAUCUAAACUUUGUUUCCCAGCUCAAAUGAGCAUAUGAUUCUUACAGAAAGUAGAAGUUCUUUAUUGGAGCGGUCAAGCAAUAUGACUGCUUCACACACCUGUGUCAGAGCCAUAUUUGGGACUUCUCCUAGCCAGAGCUGGGAGCAAAACAGCCAAACAAGCACUUCAGUGUUUAUAGUAAGUUUCUGAACAGAAUAGCUUCACUUAAGUGUAGGUAACUUAAUAUGGGAGAUUAUUACUUAGAAGCUUAUUUCCCUUUUAAAACAUUUGAUAUACUCUUGCUUUAAAUAUGAAGAGUGAUGAAUUACCUAUUUCUCCCUACCUAUUUCUCAUGCUCCAAAGUGCUCCUCAGAUUGCUAUAUUUUCAGUGCAAUUUACAUUGGAAGAGCGCAUCUCUCCUUGUAUGGUGAGUGAGGCAGGAGGUUCCAGGCACUUCAGGGUAAAACCAAGCAAAUUCAUCACAUGCUCUUGCUGUUGAUGAAUUAAUCCUGAAACAUGGGUUGGAUCCAGAGUAAAUUUUUCACUACUGGAAUUAGAUUACCUGCCUCCAAUGUCACUCUGCAGUUUACUGAUCAAAUGCUGCUCUCAUAGGAUAGAAGAUUCUGAGGAACAACAGGAAGGGGGUCUGCAGCAGGAAUGGUGAAUCAGUGGAAACAGUCAAUUUAGUCUGGAUUCAACCCAUUACUGUUACGAAGUUUUGGCUCAGUGAGUCCAGAUCACCAGCAUGAAUAUUAUCAAAGCACAGUCCUGCUACAUAAAUAGGUAGAAAUUAGGUCCUAUACUGCUAAGACAAGAUGUGUAGAUUUUAUUUUAUGCAACAUUUGCACUAAUUUUAAGUGAUAUUACAAUGAUACUAGCUCAGUGGUAUAUUUGCACAAAAAGUUUACACAUUAGUAACUUUUAUGAGCUGGCUUUUACACUGAGCCUCAUUUUACAGAACAUUUUUGAUAUUAGAAUAGCUUUAGCAUAGUUAGUAAGGCUUACCUUUCUGAAGUCUCUCAGUGGGAAUGCAGGUAUAAUCUAUGGCCAUGAAUACUGUAUUUUUCCAUGGAAGAGAGAUAAAUUGAAGACUACCAUUGUAUAUGAAGGAGAAGUUGUGAGAAUUUGCACCUGUUCCUGGCAGGACAGAAUUAAUUUUUUUGAAAACGGGAUGACAGUAGGAAACAAGAACAGUGAGAUGGCGAAACAACCUUUGUAGAACUUACUUUGCCUUCAUUUUGCUCUGGAGCUCAUAUCAGUGGCAUAGGGAAAAAUGUGUGCACUUUUCAAUAUAAACUACUGGGGAAUGGCAGACAUGCCAUUUUGGAGAUUGGAACCGUGCUCUCUUUUGUUGCAUAGAAUUUCCACCAGGUGGAAGCUUGGCAAUACUUCAUUGUGUACAGAGAGGUUAUCAGUGUAAACUGGCUAUCCUUCAUGCCACUAGAUAUUAUGCAUUUGCUGUUGUAGCAUUUAAAAACAAAUGCUUGUUGUUACCUGUCUGUGGUUGUCUUAAUUUGUCAUUGUAAGGAGUUCUAUAAAAUAUUUAUUCUGAUUUAAGUCUGGGAGAAAUAUUUCUUCAGAGGGCAUGGCAAUGGUUCUUGAUUCCCAAAUAAUUAACUGCUUUAAUAUACCUUAAUGGAAAAAGUUACAUAUAUAGUAACAGGCUUAUUUCUAGUUUAACGUAGAUGGUUGGAGAUGGGGAUGAUCUGUCAUUUUGUGGAUGUUCCCAGGUUCGUAUUAAUCUUUAGGGGUAUAUGGAAUAUGAAUUAUCCUGCUUCCUUUCAUCCAAAGUACUGUAGAGGUAAACUUCAUCUUAGUUGCAUAAAACACUAAUAACAGUUCAGGUUUACAGAAGAUCUGGAUCCCAUACAUUCGCCCCUAUAUAUGUUAACUACAGUUUUUUGCUGGAGAGGAAUGAGCCUGGAGCUUGCUAGUACUGUUUACUAUUUUCUGGGCAAUCGCCACCAGAUAAUUUUCAAUAGUCUGUCUCUAGUUGAACAUUAGUCCAUUUUUACAAAUGCAGAUUCUAUGUUGUUUGUUUUAACUUGACAAUGGAUAAAAGGGCAUUUCAACCAAAUAUGUGCUUGGGUUUUAUUUAUUUAAAAAAAGUGAUGGCAAUUUUGCAGUCUUUGUGUAUAAAAUUCAGAUGCAGCUAGGCUCUUCCUCAGACUUUUGUAGGAAGAGACUUGUCCAGCUUUCCAGCCGUGGCUCCCCAUAUGAACAAACACAGGUUGUGUGAUGCAUGCACACAUUUGCUGGGCUCACCAUAGAAGACCAUGAGAGAGUCUGUGUUGCUUGUGCAAAUCCAGUCCUUAGAGUUAAUUUAAGCCCCGCAGUUAGUCUGGAUUGGCAGCAUUGAGGCUUUGUGUGUGAUUAACUGGAAGAUAUAAUGACAGUACUCCUUCAAGGAGUUUGGCGUUUUUGUUUUUAAUAUUUUAAUGUUACAGAAUCAAACUUUAGCAAAAUGAAAAAGGAAGUGCAUAAAAUUAGCCCAUUGAAAUUAUUUUUCUAGAUGAGGUGGGUUUGGUGGACAGGAAAAGGUGUGUGAUUUACUUUGAGUUAGUCCAUGUGUGUGUGUUUGUACCUCAGUCUGUAUAUAUUGUGCACAUACACUUUGCUACUACACAUACCAAGUGGAAUAGCUGCCUUGGGGUGUGAUGGUGCUUGUACACAGAUCAUGUACGUUUAUUCAAUAAAGUCUUUUUUUUUACUUUGA